AUUGCUGCUGGGCUCAGCCCCGGUCCUAGGUCCUUUCAUGGCUUGAUAGUGUCGCAUGUCCUCAAUGGUGAUGAAGAAGCCGCGGUAUUCCCUUUUUUAUCACUUGGCUGCACACAAAAUCCUGCAAUGCGCUUGUUAAGAUGCAAUCACUGAGAAGAGAGUUGAGUGCAGGGCUUCGUCCUGUUCACGAGACAUUUCUGGCCUUGAUUAGAUUGUUCGGGUGCAAAGGGCGUACCUCCAGAGGUCUAGAAAUACUUGCGGCUAUGGAAAAUCUAAAUUAUGAUAUACGUCAAGCAUGGAUGGUGCUUAUUGAGGAACUUGUUAGGAACAAUCAUUUGGAAGAUGCCAACCGAGUGUUCUUCAAAGGUGCCAAAGGAGGCCUGAGAGCUGCUGAUAAGGUUUAUGAUCUUCUAAUUGAGGAAGACUGCAAAGUGGGGGACCAUUCCAAUGCCUUGGAAAUUGCAUAUGAGAUGGAGGCGGCAGGGAGGAUGGCAACAACAUUCCAUUUCAAUUGUCUGCUCAGCGUGCAGGCUAGCUGCGGAAUACCUGAAAUAGCUUUUGCUACAUUUGAGAAUAUGGAAUUUGGAGAAGAUUAUAUGAAGCCUGACACAGAGACCUACAAUUGGGUUAUUCAAGCAUAUACUAGAGCUGAAUCUUAUGACAGAAUUCAAGAUGUUGCUGAGCUACUUGGCAUGAUGGUUGAAGAUCACAAGCGGAUACAACCAAAUGCUAAGACCCAUGCGCUGUUGGUGGAAUGUUUUACUAAAUACUGUGUAGUACGAGAAGCUAUCAGGCAUUUUCGUGCUCUUGAAAACUUUGAAGGUGGUACAACUUUGGUUCAUAAUGAAGGGAAAUACGGAGAUCCACUUUCACUGUAUCUACGGGCUUUGUGUCGAGAAGGGAGGAUUGUUGAAAUGCUUGAAGCUUUAGAAGCUAUGGCCAAAGAUAAGCAAGCAAUUCCACCACGGGCAAUGAUAUUGAGCAGAAAAUACCGCACGUUGGUCAGCUCAUGGAUUGAACCCUUACAAGAGGAGGCUGAACUUGGUUAUGAGAUUGAUUACAUUGCUAGAUAUAUUGCAGAGGGUGGCCUUACUGGAGCGCGCAAGCGAUGGGUGCCUCGAAGAGGAAAAACACCUCUAGACCCUGAUGCUGCUGGAUUUGUAUAUUCCAACCCUAUGGAAACCUCCUUUAAACAAAGAUGUCUUGAGGAGUGGAAACUACACCAUCGUAAACUUCUAAAGACCUUGCAAAAUGAAGGACUUUCAGUUUUAGGUGAUGGUGCAUCUGAAUUUGAUUACAUUAAAGUGGAGGAGAGGUUAAAGAAAAUUAUAAAGGGUCCUGAGCAGAACGUUUUAAAGCCUAAGGCUGCUAGUAAGAUGAUAGUGUCAGAAUUGAAGGAAGAACUGGAAGCACAAGGCCUGCCAACUGAUGGAACUAGAAAUGUUCUUUACCAGCGUGUACAGAAAGCAAGGAGAAUAAAUCGAUCUCGCGGUCGGCCCCUUUGGGUUCCUCCUGUGGAGGAGGAGGAAGAAGAGGUGGAUGAAGAGUUGGAUGCAUUUAUUUCAAGAAUAAAACUGUAUGAAGGAGACACAGAAUUUUGGAAGCGACGCUUCUUGGGAGAAGGCAUGACUAAUAAUCAUGAAAAGCCAAUGGAUUCCGGUAAACCUGGGCCUCCUGAAAUUUUGGAUGAUGUUGAAGCUGUGGAAGAUGCUGCAAAAGAAGUUGAAGAUGAUGAAGCUGAUGAGGAGGAGGAAGAGGAAGCAGAACAGCCUGAAGAAGCAGAACCAGCUGACAACCAAGAUGUAGACAGGGUGAAGGACAAUGAAGUUGAAACUCAAAAGUCCCUUCAAAUGAUUGGAGUUCAAUUGUUGAAAGAUUCUGACCAACCAAACUCCUCAUCAAAAAAGUCAAAAAAAGUGUCUAAGUUGCAGGUUGAGGAUGAUGAUGAUGAUGAUUGGUUUCCUGAGGACAUAUUUGAAGCAUUUAAGGAGCUAAGAAAACGGAAAGUGUUUGAUGUAUCAGACAUGUAUACCAUAGCUGAUGCUUGGGGAUGGACAUGGGAGAAAGAAUUGAAGAACAGAUGUCCACGUAGGUGGUCUCAGGAAUGGGAAGUUGAGUUAGCGAUUAAAGUUAUGCAGAAGGUUAUAGAACUAGGAGGAACACCGACUAUUGGUGAUUGUGCUAUGAUAUUGCGUGCUGCCAUAAGAGCACCUUUGCCUUCAUCUUUCUUGACGAUAUUGCAGACGACUCAUAGUCUUGGUUAUAAAUUUGGGAGACCGCUCUAUGAUGAGAUCAUCUCAGUGUGCCUUGAUCUUGGGGAACUAGAUGCGGCAGUAGCAGUAGUUGCGAGCUUGGAGACAACAGGGAUCGUAGUUUCAGAUGAGACCUUGGACAGGGUGAUAUCAACUAAACAGAUGAUUGACAACACUUCUAAUGUUGGUGGUGCUGAAUCGUCAUAAGUUUGUUGCUGUCGUUCAAAUAUGGACAAUGCACCUUGCUAAAUACCUUGGGCUCAGCCCAAUGUAUAGCAUCCCACACCAGUUUUGAUGUAAGUUUGCAACAGAUGCACGGGUAUAUAUGAUAAAAAGAACUAACUUUAAGUAACGAAAAUAUAUUUCAUAUAAUUAUAAUCAUAAUAUGUGGCAUGUGGUGAAGAAAGAAAUGUGAUAAUACUUGACAGAAGCUAUUGUAUUUGGCCACAAAAGAGUUCAAUAAAGAAGUCAUCAUUCACUA